GGGAAUACGGUAGCUGGGAAGGGCUACAAUUGGUGGGGGAGGCGGCGCACCAGAGGGAGCGGCUGGCAGAACCGGCCCGUGAUCUCCCUCGGCCCCCGUUGCGCUGGCCAUGUCGCUCUUCCAGUCGGCGCUGGACUUCCUGGCUGGGCCGGGCUCCUUGGGGGCCGCCAGCCGAGACCAGAAUGACUUCGUGGGGCAGGUGGUGGAGAUGGGCGAGAUGAAACUGCGGAUCAAGAAGGUCAUCGCCGAAGGUGGUUUUGCUUUUGUAUAUGAAGCUCAGGAUCUCGGAAGUGGCAAAGACUAUGCUUUAAAGAGAUUAUUGUCUAAUGAUGAAGAAAAGAACAAGGCCAUCAUUCAAGAAGUUUGUUUUAUGAAAAAGCUAUCUGGUCACCCAAACAUUGUCCAGUUCUGCUCUGCUGCCUCCAUAGGAAAAGAAGAAUCGGAUACAGGGCAAGGGGAAUUUCUUCUGCUAACUGAACUUUGCAGAGGGGAAUUGGUGGAAUUUUUAAAGAAAGCAGAAUCAAAAGGCUCCCUCUCAUGUGAUACAGUUCUGAAGAUCUUCUAUCAGACGUGCCGUGCAGUGCAACAUAUGCACAAGCAGAAGCCUCCGAUUAUUCAUAGAGAUCUAAAGGUUGAAAAUAUGCUGAUGAGUAACCAAGGGACAAUUAAGUUGUGUGAUUUCGGCAGUGCGACAACCAUAGCACAUUACCCAGACUAUAACUGGACUGCACAGAAAAGAGCAACAGUUGAAGAGGAGAUCACAAGGAACACAACACCAAUGUAUAGGACUCCUGAAAUAAUAGACCUAUAUUCAAACUUUCCAAUUGACGAAAAGCAGGAUAUAUGGGCAUUGGGUUGCAUCCUCUAUUUGUUGUGCUUUAGGCAACAUCCAUUUGAAGAUGGAGCUAAGCUUCGAAUAGUCAACGGAAAAUACUCCAUCCCACAGAAUGACACCAGAUACACAGUGUUUCAUGAUCUCAUUCGUUCUGCUUUGAAGGUGAACCCAGAAGAGAGGUUGUCCAUCACUGAGCUUGUGAAUCAAUUGCAGGAGAUUGCAGCUGCCAGGAAUGUGAACCCCAAGUCCCCUAUCACAGAGCUCCUUGAACAAAAUGGUGGCUAUGGAAAUAAUGCUCAGCCUAGGACAUCUUCUAGUCUGGUGCCACAGAACUCAAAACCUGCAGGACAACUCAACAAUAUGUAUAAUGCAGGUCUGACAGUAGCAGAAUGUGAUCAGACUUAUGGAGGAUUCUUUGAUAUUCUUAGAGGUGGAACAGAGAGAUUUUUCACAAACAUCAAGGACACAUCUUCAAAAGUUAUCCAGUCUGUGGCCAAUUAUGCAAAAGGCGAUCUGGAUAUAUCCUACAUCACUUCCAGAAUUGCUGUGAUGUCUUUUCCAGCUGAAGGGGUUGAGUCUGCCAUAAAAAACAACAUAGAAGAUGUGCGGUUGUUCUUGGACUCGAAACAUCCUGGGCGCUAUGCUGUUUACAAUCUGUCUCCAAGAACCUACAGAUCCUCAAGAUUUCACAAUAGGGUUUCUGAAUGUGGCUGGCCAGCAAGACGUGCACCAAAUCUUCAAAACCUUUAUAGCAUUUGCAAGAACAUGCAUGUAUGGCUGAAGCAAGAUCCAAAGAAUGUUUGCAUUGUGCAUUGCCUUGACGGAAGAGCAUCAUCAGCUGUUGUUGUCUGUUCUUUUUUAUGUUUUUGUCAUCUGUUUACUACUGCCGAAGCUGCUGUUUAUAUGUUUAGCAUGAAGCGCUGUCCCCCAGGAAUUUGGCCAUCACAUAAAAGGUAUAUAGAAUACAUGUGUGACAUGAUGGCAGAAGAGCCUAUUAUUCCUCACAGCAAGCCAAUCCUUAUAAAGUCUAUCAUCAUGACUCCAGUCCCUCUCUUCAGCAAGCAACGCAAUGGUUGCAGGCCUUUCUGUGAAGUUUAUGUUGGGGAUGAAAGAGUAGCCACUACCUCACAAGAAUAUGACAAAAUGAAGGAUUUUAAAAUUGAAGAUGGCAAAGCAGUAAUCCCAUUAGGCAUCACCGUCCAAGGAGAUGUUCUCAUUGUGAUCUAUCAUGCUAGGUUCACUUUAGGUGGCAGACUCCAAGCCAAGAUGGCAUCAAUGAAGAUGUUCCAGAUCCAGUUUCAUACAGGAUUCGUACCUCGGAAUGCCACUACUGUGAAAUUUGCAAAGUAUGAUCUGGAUGCAUGUGAUAUUCAAGAGAAAUAUCCUGACUUGUUCCAAGUGAAUCUCGAAGUUGAAGUGGAGCCUCGGGACAGACCUAGCACUGAGAGAGCCCCAUGGGAUAACUUGAACAUCAAGGGGCUAAAUCCCAAAAUUCUUUUCUCCAACCGGGAGGAACAACAGGAGAUCUUAUCAAAAUUUGGUAAGCCUGAACUACCUAGACAGCCAGGAUCAACUGCACAGUAUGAAGCGGAAGCAUCCGAGCCGGAGCAAUCUCCUGAGGGGGCACCUGUGGAGCCAGACUCUCCGCAGAGCAGCAGCACUGAGGCAAACUUCUUCCAUACACUGGAUUGGCAAGAAGGCAAGCAUUCUGAAGCUUCACCAGAGGGCCACUUUUCCAAAGAGAGUCCUGAGCUAAUAGAGGACAGAGAUGAGAGUGAGCCUUCCGAUGAAGAAUUUGCUGCAUUUCCCAGUGAUGGCAGACCAGCUGAUGAGAGAGAGAAACCUACACCAGAAAAGGAAGAUGGUGAGCCUCUUUUUGAAGCUGACUUUGAAACUCCAGCUACUCUGCUGGAAGAGACUCCUGUAGAAGACAGCGUUGAUUUGCUUGGACUGGAUUCGGAAGCUCCACCAGAACUGCUCCAGCCUCUUUCGGAGAUGAAGAGUUCCUCUAGCAAUGCAGACUUGCUGAACGACCUCUUUGUUGGUGGCACACCAGAGAGUACAGAAGACGCUACUGCAGACCUUUUGGGAGGAGGAGCAGACUUCUUUUUCAGCAGCCAGCCUCAGCCAUCAGCAAAUACCCGGAGUGCUUCUCCAUCAGCUGUAGCCACCUCUUCUGCAGCUGACCCAUUUGACCCAUUCACAAUAUCAUCCGGUCCCGACAAUCCAGCUCUUACUGGUUCCGAUCUCUUUGGCGACUUUCUAAGUCCAAAUGCACCAACUACAUCUGGUCUGUUUCCUUCCACACACAGUGCACCACCUCCUUCCUCUAGCACAGACUUCCUUAAUUUAGGAAACCUGGCACCAGACCUGCCUAAAAUGACUUCCUCUGCAAGCCAGCCUGACCUUUUAGGUGGAUGGGAUUCUUGGGCUGAUCCCUCAACAAUUAGCAAUGUGGCACCAGCACAGCCCAAGAAACCAGCUUUUGAAGGCCAAACCUCUACAACAGGAGGUCCAGCGAGUGUCUCCUCAGGUCUUUCUUUCAGUCAAGCAAAAUCGCAGAACUUUGACCCUUUCGCUGACCUUACUGACCUGAGAACUGGCCUUCCAGGUGCUUCUAGUGGAGGAUUCUCAGCUGGGACCUUUGCUCCAAAGCCGGCUCCAUCUCAGAAAGCAGGCAAUCAAUGGCAGGCAAGCAAACAGCAAACUCCCAGCACAUCAUGGCAAUCGCAGACACAGCCGAAACCAGCAGAGCAAGCCAAACCGAGCACGCAAUCAAAACCCAACUACGCCGUGAGCUUCAGCGUAAUUGGAGGACGGGAAGAAAGAGGCAUCAGGGCUCCUGGCUUUGGACAAAAACCCAAAGUUUCCGAAAGUGAUUUUGAGGAUCUUUUGUCGAAUCAAGGAUUUUCAGCGAAAUCUGACAGAAAAGGACCAAAGACCAUUGCUGAGAUGAGAAAGCAAGAGAUUUCUAAAGAUAUGGAUCCUCUAAAAUUAAAGAUUCUAGAUUGGAUUGAAGGAAAAGAGAGAAACAUAAGAGCGUUAUUGUCUACUCUUCACACUGUGCUUUGGGAAGGUGAAACCAGAUGGAAGUCGGUUGGCAUGGCAGACCUGGUUACCCCAGAACAAGUCAAGAAGUACUAUAGGAAAGCUGUGCUUGUCGUUCAUCCAGAUAAGGCCACAGGGCAGCCUUACGAACAGUAUGCCAAAAUGAUCUUCAUGGAGCUGAGUGAUGCGUGGUCAGAAUUUGAAAACCAAGGAUCAAAAUCACUUUUCUAAUAUGCUCCCUUUUGCAGAGGAGUGGAUUUCAAAAUGUAUUGGCAGCAAAACUGAAUCUCGAGUGCUGUUAGUCUAACCUCCGAUGGAGGAGGGAGGGAAAUCCCGCCCCCAGAUUCCUGCAGUUUCAAACUAUACACUCAAACAUGGUGUCUGUUGUAGGACGUAGAGUAUAAAGCAUUGCACAGCAGGCACUCUGGGUCUAUCAGCAUUAGGAAGUUUGUGCCCUGGGAGUAGAAAGUUCCAGGCCAUCUAAGAGAGGGUGGGGCACACGUAGGAUUUUAAAGAUGGCCCGCUGGCAUGGGCAAAGUUUGCGAUCGGAAACAUCUGUUUCGAGUCUUGAUUCUUGGUUCUCUUUGAAGAAACACACAACCUCAAUUUUAUUUCUAUUCCUUUCCCUGUAGUCCUUGUGAUUUUCAUUUUUUUUACUUUAAUAUUUGCCUUAUUCAAAGUGCUUUAGUUAUCAGCUGUGAGUUUGCUCAGCAUCUCUUUUUUUCUUGUUUCUGUGAGAGGUGUACAUUUCCCCCCUGUAUUUUAUGUAAUCAUUACGAUAAUCAUUCUGUAAAUAAUUAAAAUAUUUUCUGACAACACCUGCGUUCCUUAUACUGCAUUGACAGUUGCUUAGCCAAAAUGCUCCCAUUGGUGGAAAUGUUUGGCCGAGGUUUAUCGUGGUAUUGGCGGGUGGGGCAGGGCGGGAUUGAACAUGGAAGCAGAGCUUGGCUUUAAUUUAAGGACUGCAUUGUCUUGUUUUAUUUAUUAACUUUUGAGGAGGCAAGAUAUGUGAUAAAUGUUUAUUCCAAAGUCUUCAUUUGAAACCACAUGCAUUGUUUCCUUUUUCUUUCCCUGCCCCUUAAAUUACUCAGUGGUAUAUAUGUGCCUUUGGCAUCAUUGAAUUGUAUAGUAGGUAGGCAGGUUGGUGCAUAUGCUGAAACUUGAAAUGUGAGCACAACGGUUUGCUGUUUUGAUUCUGUCAGACUGAACUGAGUAAAUGUUGCAUCAUUUAGCUGCCAUUUUGAAGGUGUUUGCAUGCUUUGGCCGGCCCUGGAUAAAUUCUGUUUGAAAGUCUGUUUCUGGACAUUCAGGCAGGAUAUGUACUUCAAGACAUCCCCUAUUUGAUGUACCUGUGAAUACACUAGCUCAUUCUAAUGUAGGAGGAAAUGUACUAUUGCCCUGCUAUUUUGUCGCUCCUGUAAAUGGACAAAUUGAAUACCAUCAGGGUCAACUCUCUAUUCCAGUGUUCUAAUCAGCAUUAUAGUCUCUGUUUUUGGUGUCAUCUUGCCACAUACACUAUAGCUUUGGUUCAACGUCACAAGCUACCCUGGCUUAUUCUAUCUGGUUUUGCAACUUCAUUGUUGAGAUGAGAGGUCUGGCAUGUUAAGGAAGUAAUACUCAGUGAGCAGCUUCUGAACCAAGUGUGUACUAAGUUGGACUUCAUCCAUCCCUUUCCACUCCUAAACCCCCACCCCCACCACCAGCAAAUUAAUUGCUGGAAAACUCUAUUGCUUUCCUUAUAUUAUCUUUGGGAGCCUGUUCUGUUUUCUUCAGACAGCAGACUCGGAGGUGAAAUCAUGUGUGAACACAAAUUGUCUUCCUCAUUGUGGUUGGGCACUGUCACAAAGUCUCCAAGCGGCUGUUAAUCUAGGGAAAAUGUAUAAAGCCCACAGACGGGUAAGGAUGGAGAGGGAAUAUUGAAGUGCUGAGUGAGUGAUGCAACUUUUGAAAAGAAUUUCCUUUUUUCUUAGGAGUGAAACCGAAGGCCAAACUCUUACUAUAUCUUGAUCCAAACUUGGUGAUGCUGUUGGAGGCCACAUCAGGCCUGUGGGUUAUCAGUUGGCUUUCCCUCGUAUAGUAUGUAUGCACUGAGCUACUGUUAGAACUUGAAUUCACACCAUACUCAUACUUGAUUCAAGCAAGAUGUGGUGGACGCAAAAAUAAAUGGGAUAGUGCUUGAUUUGUGGGCAACCCCUAAACUCGAGUGGGUACCUGUUGGCUCCUGUGUGCCCGUACGUGACAUUAGACUCCUACAACUCCCAUCAUUUCCUGGCCUGUGUGUGUGUACAUUUAUAUCCCGCUCUUCCUCCAAGGAGCCCAGAGCAGUGUACAUGGUUAUAUUUGUUCUCACAAUGACUCUGUGAGAUAGGCUGAGAGAGAUGUGACUGGCCUAGAGUUACCCUGUGAGCCUCAUGGCUGGAUGGGGAUUUGAACUCGGGUCUCCCUGGUCUUAGUCUAUCCUUAGCCUAACCCUUUGUUGGUGGCAGCUUAAUGCUGGCAGAAUAAACUCAGAGAGAACUACAGUUCAUUCUGCACAUUUGUUUUUCCCCAAUUAACUACUUGGUGGGUGUAUUUUCAGUGAAAGAAUUCUGGUUUGAGGAGAACUGGCCGGCAGAAUAGCAUUACAGUUGUCUUAAUUGUCAAUGCUUGAUGGUUUUUCCUCAGGUUUAUUCUUGAAACCUUCAAACGAGCGGGAGGAUGUGCAGUCCCCGUAAGCAAUAUACAUAGUAUAGGCCAAUAAACGUUAGGUGUGCAUUCGAUCCCCUACCCUACCCCGUCCCUGAGCAAUGUUUUACAUUCUGGGAUUGCCCUAAUGUAUGAAAACCUUAAUAGGUCUAAUGGGGAGUGUUGUGAAGAUUCCCCAUUGACUGCUAGGACUGUGUCUGCACUAAAAUAAAACUCUUUUCGUUCUGUUAACUAGGCAAAGAGACACCUUUUUGAAGUGACGGCUCUUAUAUUUAGCAGAUAAUAUUGCAUCAAAGGUGGUACCAAUUGUAAUCCAACCACCAAAGGACACAGACUAGAACAGUCUUCAACCCAUAUCAGGCCUGCCUUACGAGGACCAACAUAAUUUGUGUUUUCUCUUUGUCCUGUCUAUCUCUGUGGGUGGAACUAAUACAGGAGUGAAACUGCACAGCUCUGUCACUGAAAUGGCAACCUUGCAUCAGAUUCCUCCCCACUCCUUAGUCUUAUGCAGCAGGACAAUAGACAUCUUCUCAUUCCUGCCAGUGGCAGAUGAUGGUGUGGAGCAGGGAAGCACAAUAUGUGCUGUCAAGACACAAGGGCGUUUUAUUGCAGAGGGGGAGAAGGCUGCCUCACUUCAGUGGCAGAUUAAUAUCUGAUGUGUAGUUUCCCCUUUUUUCCUCUUCAGUCUUUGCCCCCCUCCAAAGAAAAGAAAUAACUGUGAACCACCUUAAGUCAGCACAUGAUCCCACUAGCUGAAGACCAGCAAGACUAUCUAUAUUUUCGGGAAGUUCUUGACAUGAGGGCUACAAAAUGGCACUCCACAUCCCACCCCUGUUCCAAAACCAAGGCUCACCUUUUCUAGAUUCCACAGAGUUUUGUCAGAUUCUGUCAUAGAAAGCUAUUUUGUUCUCUGUAUUAGUGUGUAUUACUGACCACACCUUGGCUUCUAUUUAAAAUGGGUUGCAAUGGUUGUGUAUGGCAAAGUUCCUCUGGACGUCCUUCAGCAGCAUGAAGUACAUUGCUUAAGAGGAGUAUAGACUGUACAGUGGUGCGGUGUGACGAGGCAUCUCUCAUUUUAAAUAGAGCACAUUAUUGUUGAUUAUAAUCAUAUAGAACAAAACGUGAGGUCCUGCUUUCAGACACAGCAGCUCCAGUAUAUCAUUUGAUUUGGAUAUAACUUCAAUAGGGACCCAGUUCUGCUGGUUGCUCUGCACUCUGGUUAAUUCGUAUGUGGUGUUAGUUACCUUGAGCAUCUGGAAAAGGCAGGACAGAAAUACUGGAACGUAUUUAUACAGCACUAUCAACAUACUUGGAGCAUUGCAGACUAGUGCAAGCAAAAAGAUUGGUCCCUUCCCCCCCUCAAGGAGCUUACAGCCUAGAUCUCAGAAGUGGGGUUGGCACCAGAGCAGGGGAGAAAUGGGAAAGAUGGUAACUAGGGAGGCAAGCUUUCAUUGACUGGUAAAUUAAUCAGUUCCCGUUUUAUCUGCUUGACAUUGGGGCCAUGCAUUGAGGGGCACUCCUUGGUUCUGUUGUAUUGAACAUGGCAUAAGGCAAUUUCCUGAGUCAGACCAUUGGUCCAGCUACGUGAGUAUUGUCUACAGCAGGCCUGCUCAACUUAGGCCCCCCAGCUGUUUUUGGACUACAACUCCCAUAAUUCUCAGCCACAGCAGCCAAUAGCCAGGAAUUAUGGGAAUUGUAGGCCAACAUCUGCAGGAGGGCCGAAGUUGAGCAGGCCUGGUCUACAGUGAUGGGACAGCAGCUCUCCAAGGGUUCAGGCAGGAGCAGUGUUCCCUCUAAGGCAUGUGCGUGCGCUCACAUGUGUUUUGAUGUCUACUCAGUUAAUUUUAGAUCCCGUUCAGGCUGAAUCAGGAAGGUCCCACUCUGAAUGCAUGUUCGCACACACUGCCUUGAUACUGCCGCCCAGAACAAAAGUCAUUCCAUACAUAGAUGAAAAAACAAUUCGAACACUGGGCAGGAGCUUUUCCUAUAGCCCUGCAUGACAAUGUCGGGGAUCGAACCUGGGGCCUUCUGCAUGCAAGGGAUGUUUUCUACCACUGAGCUGUAGGAUUACUGUAGUAAAAAUAAAAUGUGAUCUUUAACCAAGGAGUUAUUCUAUUUUAAAUUUAUCUCUUCUUUAUCUUUAAAAAAAAAAGCACCUAUACUGAAAUUUAGAUUAUAGUGAAGAUAUUUAAUCAUAAUUGGUUUAAAGAAUGUUUAUAUAAAACAGUCCCCGAUAACAAGGGUAGGACGUGGCAGUAAGGAAGGCUCCCAGAUCUCUCAACUGGAAAUUCUGUUCAGCUUUAAUGUGAAACAGGUUAAAUUGUGCAGUGGCCUCGAUAGUUUUAGUUUCAAUGCACUGCUUCUGGAAGUUUGUCUUAGUGCCUGGACUAAGUUAUGGGAUCUGAACAUUUCUGGAUUCAGCUAUGGGAUCUGAAUGCUUCCCACAUUAUACUUUUUACACUGGAAAUGCUCCGCUGUUGUUUCAACCAUGACUGUCCAUGAGUUAGGGAUUUGAUUCAGCUACAGACUUUGCUCUUAUGACUUGGAUGGGAUAUAUAUGCUGCAUGCCCUGUGGCCACAGCUAAAGACCAGUGGCUUAAAUACCAUUGCUAUUAUCUUGCACAUCUGAAGCUGCAUUGCUAGCAAAGUGUUUCCCAUUGUUGUUAGCUCUGAGCUUGUACAGUAUCAUAGGAACUCCAUGCAGGGCAAUAAAUUACAAGAGGGACUGAGAAAUGGUGGCCACCUUCCAGACUUGGAAGUUCCAAACUUAGUCAUGACUAAGCACCAUUGAAAUCAAUGAGACAAUUUAGUCAUCACUAAUUUGAGUCCCAUUAAUGUCAGUGGAACUUGAUCAUGAUUAACACUGCCCUGUAUUUUCAGUGAAGUUGCUGGAGGAUCCGUUCAACAUUUGCAUUUUUUUCUUUUCUGCCCCAUAGUGUCAAAAGUAUUACUUGGACCAUAAAAACCAUAAACAGUGUUUCGGAGUCUUGAAGAAUUGAAUGUUAACUGUCUGACUGGCUAGCUUUAUAUCAGGUUUUAUUAGUUUCCUUCUACUAUUUGCUGUUAUGAGAUUAUGAGGCAAGUCAAAGAAGAUGUUGUCCAGUAUUGGGCAUGGAGAGGCGAGUAGCUAAAUUACUUAAGUAAUCCCAUAUAUGGGGGUUGGAGAGCCAGUCUUGCGGUAGCAAGCAUGAAUUGUCCUCAUGGCUAAUUAGGGUUUGCCUUGGUUGAUGGGAAUGAGCACUGUCUGCUGUAGGGUAUUCCCCUUGUGUGUGGGUGGUGGUGGUGGAGCAUAGCUCAUGGAAGAGCAUCUGCUUGCAUGCAGAAGGUCCCAGGUUCGAUCCCUGGCAUUUCCAGGUAGGGCUAGGAGAGCCGCUGCUAGUCAGUGCAAGUAAUACUGAGCUGGAUGAACUAAUGGUCUGACUCGGUGUAGGCCAGCUUUCCAAUGUUCCUAUCAUUGAAUGGGGGUGGUGGGAGGAAAAAUGUCCUUAGGACCCUGAUAGAAUGGGGCAUGUGGCUGGAUGGCAGCCGACUCAUUGAUCUCCCCACACUUUUCUGAGGAAGAAGGUGCAGGAGAACAGGAGCCCCUCUUCACUUUCUGUCCUGGGGCCCAGUCCAACCUUGCUUCGCCCCUGUCGAACAUGGUACUUGAGGAGGAGGUAUACAGUGAUAUAAUCCUAAGAGAUACUUUGAUAAGGAAUAUUUUCCUACCAAGGGUCUGGUCACUUCAGCCGACUGCUGGCUUGGAGCUAGGGCUCUGAGUGCAGUAAGCAAGGCUGGGAUUUUAUUUUAUGCCUGAACAAUCCAGAAGUGUCUCCUGUCUGCCAAUCCCAGAGGAUGAUGUGUUAUGCCCCAUUCCUUUCUGUACCUGGAAAAAGAGAUCUGGGGCUUUGGAACAUGUAGUCCUCAGAAAUAGACUGGAUGUUGUCAUCAAACAAUGAGUGCUUCAAGCACUGGAACCCCUGAGAAAUAGUAACACUUUCCUCCUUUCUUCUACUAGCAAUCUGAAUGUUAGUUUUAUAUUUUUCUGUUUAGGACUUGCAGUAAAUUCUUCCGAAUAUCAGGAAUGUCAUGGCCAUUCCACCAUUUUGGAUUUUUUCAUUAUCCAAAAUAUUUAGCAAUGGAUCUGUUUAUACUUGCAAAAAUAGGCUGUAUUAAGGCAAUAAAAAGGGGGCUGUCAUUGUCAUUUGGGGAAGGCUGAUUGCAGCAUACUUAUGCCUUCAUUUCGGCUGUUUUGACAUGGCGUUUGCACAUCUAAAAAACCAACUACUCCAAAACUAUUGAUGCAACUGUUUUUAUGAAGGAUGCAUAUAUUAAACUUUUUGAUAAAAAACCACCAGGAUUUAGAGGCAUUGUGGACACUUGGAAAUCUAUCUUUUGGUGAAUGUACUGUUUAUUAUCAUCUUCUGGAACUGAGCAUCCAGCGAAUGAGGAUUUUACUCACUCCAUGAUAUAAUUGUCCAUUUCAUGUCUUUGUCAACUAGUGUGUGUUCUGCUUUUUGUGGGGUUUUUGGUGACUGGAUGAACAAAGGGAAACCUAAAUCUUAUUUUUGUUGUCAUUGGGGGAAUUGCUGUGUGUUGAGUAAUUUUGGUAAUAGUCAAAUGAAAAUGUAUAAACAUGUAUGUAUAUAAGAUGAGCAUUGUCCAAGGUUGCACCUUGUAAACAAUUACGGAUAAUCUAUUAGAAUGUUUGGCACAUAAUGUCCUGAAUCAGUAUUUUGCUCUGAAAUUGAUUCUGUGAUUAAAAGAAAUCAAACAUA